CAAAUAUGGUAAAUUUGAUUGUUAUCAAAAAUCGUGAAAGUGCAUCUAAAAUGUUUACGACUCUCAAAGAUUCACAUAGAAUGAUGUCAACUGAAGAGGCAUUCGAAUAUUUUUUAGACUGCGAUUUUACCAAAUAUGCAUAUGAGCAAACAGUGAAAAAGAACCCAUCAAGGUUUCCGAGCUACCAUGUAAUCAAGAGCAUGAAAAAAGUUUGCUCCCCUUUAGCCGAGUCAAUCGAAGAGUCACCAUCAAAAAUUCAGGUCAAAUUACAGGCACUCAUGAACCAUACAGCAGAAAGAAUCAUCAAGAUCAUUGAUGCGGAAAUCGUCCAACAAAUGAAUACCAACGAUUACACAGAGCUAGUGCUUUCAAGCAGCUGGGGUAUGGAUGGUUCUACAGGCUAUUCACAAUACCACCAAGCGCUAUCAAUGCCAAAUCAAAAGGAUGACAGUGACGUCUUUUCAGUGACGACAACUCCUAUACAACUUUAUUAUCAGAACAACAAGAAAAGCAUUUUGUGGCAUAACUUAACACCCCAAAGCAUUCGGUUCUGUAGGCCAAUUAUGUUGGAGUUUAUCAAAGAAUCUAAAGAGAUGGUACUUAACACCAAGAGAUAUAUUGAAAAUCAAAUAAGUGAGCUUGUCCCAGUAAAAAUCCAAUUAUCGAAUGACGAAUUUGUUUUGGUUGAUUUUAUUUUCGUUAUGAGUAUGAUCGACGGCAAAGUUCUUAAUUAUGUAACCGAUACUUCUUCCAUGUCCAACUGUCCAAUUUGUGGAGCUACUCCAAAUGUAAUGAGUGAUAUAAAGUAGCUUGAAGCAGGAUACGAAUCGAACGAAAACGCUCUUCAUUACGGCAAAUCUCCACUGCACGCUUGGAUGCGAUUUUUUUAGUGUUUAUUACAUAUUUCCUACAGUAUGGAAAUUAAAAAGUGGAAGAUCACGAUGGAUUUAAAGGCCAAAUUUCUUGAUCGGAAAAAACUCGUUACUGAAAAACUGUACGAAGCAUUCGGAGUACGAGUUGAUCAACCCAGGGCAGGUGGAGCAGGGACCAGCACAACAGGAAACGUGUGUCGAAAAGCAUUUUCAAAUCCUGAAUUACUUUCCAAAGUUUUGGACAUUGACGAAGAUCUUAUUGUUAGAUUUCAAUUGCCAAGAUUCGAUCAAUCCUAAAAAAAUGGAUGACUAUUGUAAAGAAACAUAUCGGCGAUAUAUUAAAUUGUAUGAUUGGUAUAAAAUUCCAGCAACAGUGCAUAAAGUACUCGCUCACGCUGGAAGCAUAAUAAUCCAUUCACCGGCUCCUCUUGG